AUUCUGUCUGACACCCUGCGCUGCACAGGCGGAAGCUAAACUCAAAUUGAAUGCUAUUCUUUUACGAAUGGUUGAAAUUUAUCAUAUUUCUAUCAUAUUUAUACGUUGUGCAUAUUUCCUUUACAUCCAGACGCAUACGGAGAAGGUUUGUGAGACUUUGACGUCUGGAUGUUGUGAUAAUUUAACCCCAGCGAGCUAGCUGAUAGCUGUUUCGUCUCCGUUAUGUCGUAUUAAAAUCAUCUGACUUGAGUUUUAAAAUAGGCAAAUUAAAGUACAUUCAAUAAUGGCUUCGAUUCUGGACGAGUAUGAAGACUCUCAAAACAGCAGGCAGAGCUCGCAGCAGCACGGCCGCCUUUCCACUGCCAACAUCGGGAUAACACACUCAGGCUUUGUGAAUGUGAGGCUUGAGGAGGAGAAGCCGAUAUUCAACAAACAGAGGAUCGAUUUUACGCCGCCUGAGAAGAUAAACCAUCUGUCAGUGUGCAACAAUCAGCUGUGCAUGAGUCUGGGGAGGGACACUUUGUUGAGGAUUGACUUGGCCAAGCCAGAUCAGCCUAAUCAAACUGAGUUAGGGAGGAAAGAUGACAGUAAAGUGUACAAAUUGUUCUUGGAUCCCACAGGCUCCCAUCUGCUGAUCAGUCUGAGCACCAGUGAGUGUCUGUACCUCAACAGGAACACCCAGAAGGUGCGCAGUCUGUCCCGCUGGAGGGGCCACCUCAUUGAGAGCGUGGGCUGGAACAAGCUGCUGGGAAAUGAGACCAGCACAGGACCCAUCCUGGUUGGCACCAGUCAAGGCCUCAUCUUUGAGGCCGAGAUCUCUGCAAAUGAGGGCAGCCUGUUCAACACCAGCCCAGAUCAGUACUUCAGACAGGUCCACUCCCUGGAGGAAGAUGGUAGGCCUGCACCAGUUUGCUGCUUGGAGAUAGAGCGAGGGCUUGAGAACAAGUACUUCAUUAUAGCCACCACCCGUAAACGUCUGUUCCAGUUUGUGGGGAAGGUGGCCGAGGGAUCUGAGCAGCAUGGCUUCAGCUCCAUCUUCAAUCAGAACCAGGACCUGCUGCCCAGCUUCCAGGAGUUCCCAGCCAACAUGGGAUUCAGCGAAAUAACCUUCUACACUUCCAAGCUUCGGACCUCCCCUAAAGCAUUUGCAUGGAUGAUGGGUAAUGGAGUUCUUUAUGGUCAGCUGGACUACGUCAGGCCUGAUUCCCUGCUGAGUGAUGUGAAGGUAUGGGAGUACACCCCGGACAUUGAUCUAAGCCUCAACAGACCCAUCUCCAUCGUGCUGACACAGUUCCACUUCCUGCUUUUGCUUCAUGACCGAGUUAAGGCCAUCUGUACUCUGAAUGGACAGGUGGUACACGAGGAUGUUUUCCCAGAUAAAUUCGGAAGCCUCAAGAGGAUGAUCAAAGAUCCUGUGGGUGGAUUGGUGUGGAUCUACACUGAGCGAGCAGUUUUCAGAUAUCACAUCCAGCGCGAAUCCAGGGACGUGUGGCAGAUGUACAUGAGCAUGAGUAAGUUCGAUCUGGCCAAGGAGUACUGCCGCGAUCGACCCGAGUGCAUGGACAUGGUGCUGGCCAAGGAGGCCGAGCACUGCUUCCAGAAUAAACGCUACCUGGAGAGUGCUAAGUGCUAUGCAUUAACGCAGAACUACUUUGAAGAAAUAGCUCUCAAGUUCAUUGAUGCCAAACAAGAGGAGGCCUUGAAGGAGUUCUUGCUGAAGAAGCUGAACAACCUGAAACCAAGUGAGAAAACGCAGAUCACUUUGCUCGUUACCUGGUUAGCAGAACUCUACCUAAACCGUGUCGGGCAGCUGGAGAGUGAUGGCAACAGCGUCAUCUUCCAGGAAACCCGGGACGAAUUCCGCCAGUUCAUGAGCAGCUCCAAGCACAAGGAGUGCCUGUUCAACAACCGCAGCACCAUCUACGACCUGCUGGCCAGCCACGGCAACGUGGACGACAUGGUUUACUUCUCGGUCGUCAUGCAGGACUACGAGAGAGUGAUAUCCCACUACUGCCAGCACGACAACUACAGCGCUGCUUUGGAUGUGCUCGCCAAGCACUGUGAUGAGAAACUGUUUUACAAGUUCUCCCCCGUCCUCAUGCAGCAUAUCCCCAAAAACGUGGUGGACACGUGGAUUCAGAUGGGUAAUAGGCUGGACCCAAAAAAGCUCAUCCCAGCUCUGAUGAACUAUAGCCAAAUGGGAAGCACCCAGCAGAUCAGCGAAACCAUCCGCUACAUGGAGUUUUGCGUGUAUGAGCUGACUGUGACGGAAGAGGCCAUCCAUAACUACCUGCUCUCGCUUUAUGCAAAGUACAAGCCGGACUCUCUGCUGAGCUAUCUGGAACAGGCCGGCACACACACCUCGGAGAUCCAUUAUGACCUUAAGUACGCCCUCCGACUGUGUGCGGAGCACGGGUACCUCCGGGCUUGUGUAAUGGUUUACAGGAUUAUGGAACUGUAUGAGGAGGCAGUGGAUCUUGCUUUACAAGUAGAUGUAGAUUUAGCCAAGUCAUGCGCCGACCUGCCGGAGGAUGAUGAGGAGAUGAGGAAAAAGCUUUGGCUGAAGAUAGCCCGGCAUGUGGUGCAGGAGGAGAAAGACGUGAAGAAAGCCAUGAACUGUCUCUCUAGCUGCAACCUGCUCAAGAUUGAAGACAUUCUGCCUUUCUUUCCAGACUUUGUCACCAUUGACCACUUUAAGGAGGCCAUCUGCAGUUCCCUGGAAGAGUACAACCAGCACAUUGAAGAGCUGAAGCAAGAAAUGGAAGAGGCCACGGAGAGUGCUAAACGAAUCAGAGAAGACAUCCAGGAAAUGAGGAACAAGUAUGGUGUGGUGGAGUCCCAAGAAAAGUGUGCUUCUUGUGACUUUCCUUUGCUCAACCGGCCCUUUUAUCUCUUCCUGUGUGGUCACAUGUUCCACUACGACUGCCUGUUCCAGGAGGUGACGCCUCACUUGUCAGCCUACAAGCAGGGUCGUCUAGAAGAGCUGCAGAAAAAGCUUGCUGCAACAACGCAGUCUUCCAAAUCACGACAUCGGGUACCACCAAAGGAAGAAGGAGACACGUCCAGUUUGGGAAAGGGCAAUGCCGCUACUAGCCGCGAACAGUUAAUAUCGGACAUUGAUGACAUUGUUGCAUUGGAGUGUGUGUACUGUGGUGAACUGAUGAUCAAAUCCAUCGACAAGCCUUUCAUCGAUCCACAGACAUUUGAUGACGAAAAAUCCAGCUGGCUAUAAAUAAAAACUGUUGUUCUUUCAUUGUUAAAAUGAGAUAAAAAGUGUACAUUCCCAUCCAUAUGUCAGUGGAAGUGCAUCAUCUACAGAACCGAUCCAUUCGUUGGAAAAAAGACAAUCACCAAAUAUUGGUAGUGCCUACUGCUGAAAACUUCAGCUCCAUGUCUUCAUAGUCGAUGUCACUGUCAGAAUUUGAAACUGCUUCAAUGAUCUUUGCACUCCGUGUUAGUAUUUGGCAAACAAUGGGGAUAAACUCAUGUGGUGAGCAAUGAUUUACAACAAUGUAGUCAUGUUAAAUAUUGUCGAGACUACAUGCUGCAUACUUCUGUCUGAAUGUCUGAUUACUAUAGAAAGGAAAGAACUACACCAUGCCUAUAUUGAUCAAUUAACUGCAUUAGCUUUGCCACAGCGAUAAUAAAAAAUGAACAUACAUUUUUGUCCCUUGCUCAUUUCAGUCUCUAGGUCUGCAUUCAUUACAUGUUU